CAGCGAACAAGAGAAUAAUGUUCUUUAGUAGAGGCAAAACCUUGACAGUGAACACAACGCCGGAGUACAAGGUGAAACCAUGGCCAAGGAUCUACAAAUUGUCUUGGCGCUCUGCUUUGUCUGUCUGGUGGGUCAUGUGGUAACGGAUUGCAAUGUUUGCCAGACGAAUCAGGCUGCCUGCAUUAACUCCACCUCAUUCUACCUGUGCUUCGGAGAUGGCAUGCCGCAUACGGAUCGCAUCUACAACUGUCUGGAGGGCACCGUUUGCACCGCCCGCACUGCAAUCUGUGUGCAGAAGAACGCACAGUGGCCGCCCAGCUGCGGUGAUACCAGCAAAUGUGGACAGUGUAGUGCGCAUCGCAAUCACAAGUUUGCCUGCCAGAGCCGAGGGACGUUUCAGAUGUGCUAUGGAGCGACGCGGCCGACGGGAGCGCUGGGCUUCUGCCCGCCGGGCUACGCCUGCGAUGCCAGCAGCGAUGUGGUCUGUACGCCCGAGCGGGUGGGUCAGACUUUCACCUGUGACCUGCACGAUGAUCUGGUGAGCACCAGCACAACCACGCCGACGACAACUGUCACCACAGCUAGCCCCACCACAGUUAGCACCACAACAGAGAGCACCGCCCUGUCCCCAGACGCCUUUUGCCGUGCUUCCUUCAAGGGUAUUCCCAUCCAUGCCAUUCCCAAUGACACCGUGUGCACCAGCUACAUCUACUGUCGUUUCUAUAUAAAUACAUGGGUGGGUCGCAUUAUUGAUUGUCCAGCAGCGAAUCCCUACUUCAAUGGCUGGACCCGGUGCUGCGGCACUGUAAAAGCCACUCGUCCCGGCUGCCUGCAAGGAUAAAUGUACAGCAUUAACAA